CGGCCGUAAACCCUCCUCGCUGCCCCUGCUCGUCUCUCCCACUCCACCAAUUCCUCGAAGACUCGCCGUCGCCGCUGUCUACAUUCCAUUUCGAUCCACCGCCACCACUCCCGCCGGCAGCAAUGGAGGAGUACCUGGCGAACAUGAAGACCCUCCGCUGCUACAUGAACGAUCUGGAAGAGGAAGCAGCGAAGCGGUCGGCGGACGAGCAGCGGCAGCGCACGGCCAUCGAUGCCCACGACAGCGACACUGCCUUAGUGAGGGCGCAGGCGAAGCAGGUCAGCGACGAGGCCGAACACCUUGCCAAGGCGAGGGCGCAGGUCUGUGUGGAGAUGGUCGAGAAGCAGGGUAGGAUCGCCGCACUCGAGAUGGAGUGCGCCACGCUGAAGCAGACAUUAGAGCUCCUCCAUCAGGAAAUCACAAGUACAACAACAAAACUUAGCGAGAAAAGAUUGUUUUACACAAAGACAGCGGAAACUUUGACUGUCAAACUGCAAGAGCAUCAGGAUUGGCUUGGUUCAAAUAAAAAUAAGAUGGUUGCAGCAGAACCAUUUGUUGAAGCACCUCCGAACACGCAAAACUUUGUUGAAGGUACGGGUUCUUCUAAACAGAAAGUAAAAUAAGCAGUGUCUUUCAGUUAUUCUCUUUCCUAUUUGGGCAUGGGUUCUUUCAUAGGCUUGUUGUAUGCAUGUCAAUUAGCUUAUUGUGGGGUUACGCUACCCUCACUAGUCGACGAAAAGCUUGUUUUCCCCACCUACAAGUACCAUCCUUACUGCGGGAUAGAAAAUACUUCUUCUGUUCACUAGCUUGCCAAAACGUCUUAUAUUUGUUAUCGAGUAUCUGCACAGUCUUCACCAGGUGGUUUUCUGGAAAAAAA